UCUAAAAUUGCAAAAUAAUAUUUGUGAAAUAUCUGAUUUAUUGUAAAAUAUGGUGAAAGCAAGACUUUGUCACAAUGUAACGUAUUCAACCCCUAACCCCUUUAAGUGUGGAUAAAGGUGGAUAUUGUUGUACGAUAUCUUCAACAGGAACAACUGUAGUCAAUAUGUUUCUUCGUCUGAAAUCGUAAGUUGAAUUCAUUAAUUCUUUAAUAAUUCCAUAAUCUUGAAUGGAUGAUGAUUUGCGGCAUUCACUUUGCAAGUGCAAAAUAUGCUCCACGACUUUGUUUUGAGAACAAAAGAAAACUAUAACACCCAUGCUUCUCAAGUUGUACAGUAUGGCGAACACUUCAGUAAAGUGUAUGGCAUCAACCGUACAUCAAUCCUAAAUCUAAGCAGCUACUACCAUGUCGUUGGUGGCCUACCACCACACAUAAUGCAUGACAUUUUAGAGGGGGUUCUGCAAUACGAAACAAAGGAAUUAUUAAAAAAUUAUAUAAGAGAGGAACGUUUAUUCACUCUGGAUACAUUGAAUGAAAAAAUUGCCAAAUACGACUUUGGAUAUUACAAUGACACCAACAAACCAUCACCAAUAUCAGAAGCAAAGUUAUCAUCAAAUGACAACAGUUUAAAACAACAUGCUGUUCAGAUGUGGUGCUUGGCAAUUCACUUACCACUCAUAAUUGGAAAUAUUGUUCCUCCAGAAAAUGACCGAUGGAAACUUUUUCUUAGUUUGCUACAAAUCACAUCUCUUUGCUUUUCACCUGUAAUAUCAAAAGAUGAAGUGGCAUAUCUUCAAGUCCUAAUCAAUGACCACCACAAUAAGUUCAAGGAGCUUUAUCCCCACUGCAGCAUAAUUCCAAAAAUGCAUUUUAUGGUCCACAUUCCUAGUGCUAUAAGCAGGUAUUGUAAAAUCAAACAGUAA